AUGGCCACUACCGCAUCUACUAGUGUCCCUGUAGACGAUUCCAAUCGCGAGACCGGGUACAACCGCUCUGCUUGCACCGAGUGUCAGCGACGAAAGCAAAAGUGCAAUCGUGAGUGGCCAUGCGAUCGGUGCCAACGACGCAAGAUAGCCGAUGAGUGCCGUUAUAAUUACUCCAACCCGACGUUGGACACACCAGCCCACGACUUGACAGAGAAGCUGAAGCGUACGCACGAUGAUUAUUCUAAUCGAGGCACUGCCGAAGCCGACGAUGAAGAUGGCACCGGAUUCGACGCAUUGGCGACCCGUCUAUACGCCACGUUGGGAAUUGACCAUGGAGUGUCGCCAGCUGCUUCAAGUUGUGCACACUCUUUGAUUCCGAGAAGCCAGCUCCCAAGCAAGAUUUUGUCGCUGCCGACUCGUCUCCCCAGAUGCGCCGGGUUUUGCAGCUCCUUCCCCAGCGACAAUCCAUGGGCAAACGUUCUUAUGCAACAUUUCCUCGGCGACAUCAACUAUCACUACUACAUCAUAUACCCGCCCGUCUUCUUGCAGGACUAUCACAUCUGGUGGGAUAAGCGCUCGCAAAGCCGACCGCUGUCGCUCCAAUAUACAUGUCUUUUGGCUAUCGUCUGCGCGUGUGCUCUCCAGCAUGUGGAAAAUGCCACCGAAAAGGCACUCGAGAGAGAACUGGGAGACACCAUGGACGUGGUGUCUGAUCAGCUCCAUGCAGCCAUGAGAGAACUCGCCAGUGUCAUACCCGUUGGACACUAUCACUACCUGAAUGUCCAGAGGCUCUUACAUUCUUGUUACUGGUAUAAAGCGGAAGCCAAGUUUCUCGAGGCAUGGCACGUUUUAAGUGCUGCCAUUUUGGAGGCCAAUGAGUUAGGCUAUCAUAAGGAGCCCGCACCCGGUACCGUCAGUGAAUUUGACCUCGAAAUGCGCAGAAGAUUAUGGUGCAUUUUGGAUACUUGGGAUUGGCAGAUAUCUUCUGGCCUAUCUAGACCCAAGAUCAUACAUCGAGCCGACUGCGAUGCCGAACUUCCCGAAUUAACACUGGAGGGGCACAUUGUGUCUCCCCUGCAACAUAUGAAGAUGCAGUCUGGUUUGACUCGCCAAUUAGCCUCGCGGUUCAGCGCCCCCAAGAACGUAAUUUCCCCGUGUGAAGUUCAAGAGUACAAAGCCAUCAUUGAGAAAUGGGUGGACGAUUUUCCACCUGAAUACGCGUUUGAGAAUCCUGACACUAGCAAAGAUGAUAAAUGUGCCUGGUUAUUUGCACACAGGUUUUAUGUCUACACCAUGGCGUGCCUCCUAAUUUUAAACCCAAUCAGGCAUUAUAUGGUAAAACAGUACACCUGGAAUUCUGACCCCGACGAACUCAACAUCCGAUCCGUUGGCGUUUGGUAUAGUCUCAAACUGAUGAAGACUUUACGACGAUGGGUUGAUAAGAUCUACAACCGAGACGGUCGCUUGCAUUUCAUUAUUUUCUCGAUUUUCGACACCGCUGCCAUCCUCUGCACCGCAGUUCUCAAAGAUACAGAAUAUACUAUAUCUAAUCGUGCUGAUGUCUUGGCAUCUAUUGGCGACGCCGUCGACAUGCUUAAGAAACUGAACACGAUCUCAAAAACAUCCAAAACUUCUUACGACAUUCUUGAAAGACUUGUGAGGCGACUUCCAGAAGCCGUCCCUCGCAGAUAUUUGGAACGUCAGGUAAAGCGCACGAGGGUUAAUAACAGAUCACCGCGACCAUCUGGUCCUAUCCAGCACGAAAUGCCUUCCGUUCCCCAAGUGUCUGCACUCGUUGUGCCUACUCCUCCAGCUGCGGUAGCUGCGAUAAAUCAGGUUGAGAGGCCUCUUGUUGAAGCCAUAGCUGCCGCCCCCGUACCAACGGCUCCCAUGCCAAACGCCAUGGUAGCGCCAAUACCCGCCCAAUUGGCACCGCAGGCUAUGGCAGCUCAGCACGUCAACUACGGUAACAACGGUAAUUCCGAGUAUGGGAACCAAGAGAUGCCGCAGAACGUCAGCUACAUCUCAUUCAAUGACCCAGGCACGUCGAUAUCCCCGAAUACAAACAACUUUGUGGGUGAUCCACAAACGUUACAAAGGUGGCCAACCAGCUCUGGGAGCCUACCCGCUCCUAUGAACGAGCAUACAAGGCCCUCUUUCACCACAAUAAAUGAUCCUACGGGGUUGGACAAUGGCAUUUACCAACAACAAAUUGUUGAUACGGGUCCAGAAUUUAACAUUGAAAAUUUGACGACUGCCCAAAUGGGAGAACUGGCUCCUCUUUGGACCUGGCACUCUGAAAACUUGGAUUUUGCAAAUAUGCCCCCACCUACACCAGGACCCAACGGGUACUCAAGGCCAAUGUAA